UUACCUAAGCCUUCCCUCCAAGCUCACCAACAGAGUAAUGUGACAGCAAAAGAGGAUGUGACCCUGUACUGUCAGAAGCCAGACAAUGUGACUGAAUACAAAAUGUUCAUGCUAUUGAAGGAAGGCACCUCAUCACCUGUACAGGUUCAGAGUUCAGAAAGCGGCAGAGCCAACUUCUUACUUCACAAUAUGAUACCAUACGACACAGAAAAUUACAGUUAUGUCCAUCACGAGCAAGCAGUCCUUUUCUGGGCCUCAUAUCCCAGUGAUUACGUUGAAAUCUUGGUGUCAGAUCCAAAUGUUGGCCAAACAGAAACGAAGAGAAUCGACAAUUUCCUUCCCAAACCCAGCCUCAGUGCCUGGCCCAACUCAGUAGCAUCAGAGAAUAGCAACGUGACCCUGCAGUGCGUGAGUCCCACCCCGGGCAUACAGCUUGUUCUCAGAAAGGGAGAUGUUAUUUUGGAUUCCAGGCUUCCACAUCAUUUGACACAGGGGACAGCUGAGUUUCGUCUGACUAACCUACAGCAGAGGGAUGCUGGAUAUUAUACCUGUGAAUACUAUCUAAAGGGAUCCCCUGAUACAAUCUCACCUUCCAGUGACAGUCUCUUACUAUUGGUCACAGGAUACUUGUAUGAGCCUUCCCUCCGAGUUCAUCACUCGGGCCUCAUUACCACAGGAGAAAAGGUGAACCUACAGUGUCAGAAGCCAUACAAUCUGACAGACUAUAACAUGUUCGCUCUGCUAAAGGAGGGAACUUCAUCACCCAUACAAUUUCAGAACUCAGAAAGCAACAUGGCGGAUUUCACCCUUCAGAAUGUGACAGUCAAUGAUACGGGAAGGUACAGUUGUGUGUACCUUCAGAUAGAACCUCCUUUCAGAGCCUCGCAUCCAAGCAAUCAUCUGGCAAUCUCGGUGGCAAUUUCCUCAAGUGCUGUAUCAGAAUGUUAUACCAAGAGCAAUCUCAUCCGGUUGGGAAUAUCCACCAUGUUUGUGGUGUUUAUGGCAGUUUUCCUGGCUGAAGCCUGGUACAGUCAGAGGGCAUCACUAAGCAGACCCAGGAGGAAGAACCCCAGGGCUCAAGAACUGAAGAAGCCUGUAGAGUGA